AUGGAUCUCGCCAGUCUCUCCCGGCUGCAGACCGAAGCAGUCAAUCCGCGCACAGCCCGGAUCGAUCAGGUUUCGACGCUGGAGAUGUGUAGACUCAUCAAUGAGGAUGAUCACCACGUUGCAUCCAGUGUGACACCCUUUCUUCCCCAGAUUUCUGCUGCCAUCGACGCACUGACACCGCGUGUGCGCAACGGGGGUCGGGUCAUCUACGUGGGUGCAGGGACCAGUGGAAGACUCGGCAUUCUCGAUGCAUCUGAAAUCCCCCCAACCUUUGCCGCUCCACCAUCCCAGUUUAUCGGGUUGAUCGCCGGCGGCGAUGCAGCGAUUCGACGGGCGCAAGAGGGAGCCGAGGACUCGAUCGCAGCGGGUGAGGCAGACAUGCAGGCCCUGCAACUACGCCCAGAGCUCGACAGUGUCAUUGGCAUUGCCGCGUCGGGUCGCACCCCCUAUGUGCUGGGGUGUUUGGCCUUCGCGAAGAGGAAGAUCGGCUGUGUCACCAUCGGCGUGGUGUGCGCGUCGCCCUCGGCCAUGGGGCAGUCUGGCACCGUGGAUUUCCUCAUUGCGCCUCUGCCGGGGCCCGAGGUGGUGACCGGCAGCACCCGGUUGAAGGCGGGGACAGCGACGAAGCUGGUGCUCAACAUGCUGAGUACAGGAACGAUGAUCCGGACGGGGAAGACGUACGGGAACAUGAUGGUCGAUCUGGUGGCAUCCAACUUGAAGCUGGAACAGCGGUCGCGCAACAUCCUGCGCCGGCUGAGUGCGCAGUGCCACUCCAUGGCCGACGAGGACCUCGAUGCACUGCUCGCGAGAUGCCACAAGAGCGUGAAGCUGGCACUCCUGGUUGCCGAAACAGGACGGUCGGUGGCGGAAUGUGAAGCCAUCCUGGACUCGGCCGGCGGAGUACUGGCUCAAGUCUUGAAGACCACGCCAAUGGAAGCUAUUCCAGCAUCGACUCAGAGCAGAGAGUAUGUGCUCUGUAUCGAUGGAGGAGGAACCAAGUGCGCGGCGCUCAUUGCCGAUCGAACUGGGAAUGUUGUCGGUCGCGGCCUAGCUGGUCCCUGCAACCUAACCGAUGGAAAUAACAUGACAGAAGUCAUCGCAACUCUGGUCGCUGCCACCUCAGACGCUCUGAAAUCCAUUUCCCCCGAAUACGGCUUGAGGUCCUGCUUCCGGUCGGUCUGGCUUGGUCUGGCCGGCCUCGACCGCAUCAAUUUCCGGGAAUCCCUGCUGCCCAAACUCUGUGAGCUCUUCGACCUUGGCGAGAACGAGGUCCGCUUGACGAACGACGUGGAUCUUCUGGCGGCUGCGGCCCGUCGACAGCCAGAAUGUCCGUCUGCGAUCGUAGUCAUCGCAGGGACGGGGAGUGUGGCGAUGCGAUACACCUGGGACAAGGAGAGCACGGCAUACAGUCGAGUGGCUCGCUCCGGUGGCUGGGGACAUAUCCUGGGAGACGAAGGGGGUGGAUAUGCCAUCGGGUUGCAAGCCAUCAAGCACACUCUGACGGUCGUGGAGGAGAUGCAACUCGGAUUGCGUACCGAGCCCCUGGGGGACUUUGAACAGGCCAUCCUGCUGCGACUGGGAUGCAGUCUCUCCGGGGACGGUCAGGUCGACCUGCUGAGCGAGAUCCUCGUCCAACAGCAGAAGCAAAGCGUCAAAGGCCGCAUCGCUACCGUCGCGGAAAUCGUCCUCAACAUGGGCGCUCAAGACGACGCGGCCGCUGCCAUUGUCGACGGGCAGAUCGAAAGCCUAGUCAAUCGGACGCUCGGUCGGUUGGUCCACCCUCGCUCGGUCGGGUAUCUCCCUGGCGAGGCGACCGGGUUGAUCGUCGCCGGAAGUGUCUUGAAUCACCAAAGGUACAAACAGUUAUUCCUGGAGAAGCUGCAAAGCCAAGGCGUUCACUUCGCCUAUGUGGAGAGCGUGUCCGACGCAGGAGAAUUAGGAGCAAGAUUUCUCGCAAAGGUAGAGUAG